AUAGAAAGGUCCAGAGCCAAAUAUCUCUUGACAGAAAGGUCUAGAGCCAUCGAGAACUAUUCAACUCUCGCGAUAUUGCAUUAAGAUUCCGCGUGAACUCGCAAAACCACCUUGCAUCUACCGGUGUGCACCACUACCACCAGAGUACUCCGUAUUGUGCUGUGGAUUAUGAAUUCAAUUUGAAUUUACACUUUUGAUUUAACAUUAUCCACUGACUUUUAUACGCCUUUCAAAAUAAUUCAAACACGUUUCUGUUUAAAAAAAAAUAGUUAUCUACGUCUCCAUUUCAUACAGUAGUAGAAUACAGGCAAGGUAGCGUGGAAGAUGUCAGUGGUGGGAAUUGAUGUGGGCUUUCAAAGCUGCUAUGUUGCUGUAGCUCGAGCCGGAGGAAUUGAAACCGUGGCUAACGAAUAUAGCGACCGAAGUACACCAGCAUGUGUGUCCUUCGGACCACGUAAUCGUUCAGUAGGCGCGGCAGCCAAAGGCCAGGUUGUAACAAAUUGUAAGAACACUGUUCAAGGGUUCAAGCGAUUUCAUGGUAGGGCAUUCUCAGACCCCUACGUCCAGUCAUCAAAAUCUAGCCUGGUUUACGACCUGGCCCAGUUGCCUUCUGGGUCGACCGGGAUCAAGGUGAUGUACAUGGAGGAGGAGAAAGUCUUCAGCAUUGAACAAGUCACUGCCAUGCUGCUGACCAAACUGAAGGAGACUGCUGAGACCGCAAUGAAGAAACCUGUGGCUGAUUGUGUCAUCUCUGUCCCCAGCUUCUACACUGACGCAGAGAGGAGGUCCGUUAUAGAUGCUGCUCAGAUUGCAGGACUCAACUGCCUACGACUUAUGAAUGAGACCACUGCAGUUACACUGGCAUAUGGGAUCUAUAAACAAGAUCUCCCUGCCCCUGAGGAAAAGCCAAGAAAUGUGGUGUUUGUAGAUUUGGGCCAUUCUGGUUAUCAGGUCUCUAUCUGUGCCUUCAACAAAGGAAAGCUCAAAAUGCUAGCUUCUGCGUCUGACGCAGCAUUGGGUGGCAAAGACUUUGAUGAGGUGUUGGUGAACCAUUUCUGUGAGGAGUUUGGCAAGAAGUACAAGCUGGAUGUGAAAACCAAGCCCAGAGCCCUGGUUCGUCUCUACCAGGAGUGUGAGAAGCUCAAGAAGCUGAUGAGCGCCAAUUCCUCUGAUCUGCCACUCAACAUCGAGUGCUUCAUGAAUGACAUUGACGUAACUGGAAAACUUAACAGAGGCCACUUUGAGGAGAUGUGUGCAGGGCUUCUGGCCAAAGUGGAGGCUCCCCUGCGCAGCGUCAUGGAACAAGCCAAGCUGAAGAAGGAAGACCUCUACGCUGUGGAAAUCGUGGGCGGUGCCUCCAGGAUCCCAGCCGUCAAAGAAAGAGUUUGCAAAUUCUUUGGAAAAGAACUGAGCAUGACUUUAAAUGCAGACGAGGCUGUUGCAAGAGGAUGUGCACUGCAGUGUGCUAUCCUGUCCCCUGCCUUCAAAGUCAGAGAGUUUUCCAUCACUGAUGUUGUGCCCUAUCCCAUCUCCUUGAAGUGGAACUCUGCUGCAGAGGAGGGGUUAAGUGAUUGCGAGGUAUUCCCAAAGAACCAUGCAGCACCCUUCUCCAAAGUGUUGACGUUCUACCGGAGAGAGCCCUUCUCCUUGGAGGCCUACUACAACAACCCUAAAGAGCUGCCGUACCCGGACCCCACAAUAGGUCAGUUCAUGGUCCAGAAAGUGGUUCCCCAGGCGAAUGGUGAAAGCUCAAAGGUUAAGGUGAAAGUUAGGGUGAAUGUCCACGGUGUCUUCAGCGUGUCCAGUGCUUCUCUAGUGGAGGUCCUGAAACCUACUGAGGGAGAGGAGCCCAUGGAGACAGACCUUGCGGGGAAGGAAGACGAGAGUAAGAUGCAGACUGACCAAGAUGACCAGAAAGCCCAAGGUGAUGGACAGAAAGACAAUGCUGACAAGAAGUCUGAGACUGAGGAAAUGGAGACAUCAGAGGAUGGAAAAGAGAAGAAUCAAGCUUCAUCAGCAAAGAAACCGAAAGUGAAAACGAAGACUGUCGAGCUCCCAAUAGAAAACAGCCUGCGCUGGCAACUAACCAAUGACACGGUCAAUCUGUUUGUGGAGAAUGAGGGUAAGAUGAUUAUGCAGGACAAGCUGGAGAAGGAGCGGAACGAUGCCAAGAACAACGUAGAAGAGUACGUCUAUGAUAUGAGAGACAAACUGCAUGGAUUGUUGGAGAAGUUUGUCAGUGAAUCUGACAGAGACACCUUUUCGCUAAGACUUGAGGACACCGAGAACUGGUUGUAUGAAGACGGCGAGGACCAACAGAAACAAGUGUACAUCGACAAACUGGCUGAAUUAAAGAAACUUGGGCAGCCCAUCCGGGAAAGAUACAAUGAGGCUGAGGAAAGGCCAAAAGCAUUCGAUGAACUCGGAAAGCAUAUCCAACAGUUCAUGAAGAUUGUAGAAGCUUACAAAACAAAGGAGGAGCAGUAUGAGCAUUUGGAUGAGUUGGAGAUGUUGAAGGUGGAUAAGCAGGUGAACGACGCCAUGAUCUGGAUGAACAGCAAAAUGAACGCGCAGAGCAAACACAAUCUUACCCAGGAGCCUGCCGUCAAAGUCAGAGAGAUUCAGGCAAAAACAAAGGAGCUUGACUCGGCUUGCAACCCAAUCGUGUCAAAACCCAAACCUAAAGUGGAGGUCCCCAAGGAUGAGAAGGCAGAGCAGAAUGGGCCAGUAAAUGGACAGGAGGGCACAGAGGCCCAACCAGGCAGCCCAGAGAAGGGUGCAGCAGGGGGCACGGCGGCUCCUGAAUCUGCAGAGGGCAACAAACUGCCUGAGAUGGACAUUGACUAACUGCUGCAGCUGCCUCUCUAACCCCUCUGACAUCUUGCUGAUGAUGGCCUCUCUUUUGAUUACACAAUUGGACUAUUCUUUUAAAUACUCUCAAGCUGCCUUCUUGGCAUGUAACACUUUACCUGAUGAUAUACAAUGAUAGCGUAUUGAUCAGGCUGUUUGACAUAAAAUACUGUAAGGCUGCAGGAUGGAAACUUGUUUUCUGUGUUACGCUUCAAUGGCCAUUUUGUAAGGAAUGUCCAGCCCACUUCCACUGAGAAUGUCAUAUUAAGAGGUGUUGCGCAGAGGAAAGUAGUAAAGACGUUUGAAAUGUAACUAUUAUUGGUUGGGGGUAGAGGUUCAAGCUUAGCAUCAUCAUUAUUCCCCAUUGGACAUGACUUACUGUGCAUUUGUUUCACUUAAAUCUUGCAGCUGUUGGAUAAAUGUAUAGGACACCCUACUGGGGAGAGAUUGGAUGGAAUAAAGGUUGUAUUCAGAGAUGGGUAUUAUAGAGGCAUCAACUAUCUGUCCACUAUAUUCAAUUAGAUUUGAGUUACUGUCAUGCAGUAUUUUAGUGUAAGGCUGUCUCUUAAAAGCAAUAGUCUGUGAGUUCUCUGCUAUAGACUUGUUUUGUUUUUCUAUUCUACAACAGUGUGAAUGAAUGGGGAAGACCAGUUUGGUGCAGUUACCACUAAGCAAAAGCAAAAUAAAUACAUGUUGGUGUAUGAGAAUUA